AACGCCAUAAUGCCUGUGUCGCAAACCUCCCACCGCCCAAGUCGCAAACGCCCACCGCGUCGCACACUCUCCGCCGGAACGCCCACCGUUCCGUCGCUCUGCCGCCGCCCCUCUCGCAAAAUUUCCCCUGUCCACUCCGUCGCACACUCUGCUGGUUUGUGAUUUACUGGAAACCGCCGCUGGAAGCUACAACGCUGGUUUGUGAUUUACACUGCCCUCGUCUACAACCGCUGGAAGCGACCGCCGGAAACGAUCGGAAGCGACCGCCGGAAACUCCCCUGCACGCUGGUUUGUGAUUUACACUGCUGUCCAAAACCUUCACUCAUGGCAUUCUUCUUCAACGGUGGCAUUAGCCUUCCCUUCGCCGGCGCUGAAUUUAGGGCUUGGAUUCCCGCGAUAUUGAGAUGGAUAGCUGCUGCAAGUGGAGGAAUGAUGUGCGGUUAUUCUCAACAGAUUUUAGGUGGUCUCUUAAGCAUGCCCAUUUUCCUUAAUAAGCUUUCAAGGGCAUGGUAUCUUAGACAAGAAAUGUCAUACUCCACCAACUUCUGCGAUGCCCAAAGUGUAGGAAUGAUUUAUUUCUCAACUCUAUUUACAUUUGGGACUUGUGUUGGAGGCUUUCUUGGCUUGGUGAUGCAUUCAAGAAGGUGGCCCAGGUUCACUUCUUUCCUUGGAGCUGUAUUGGUAUUAGGUGGUGCUGUCACAUCUGCUGCCUUGGUGGAUCCAUUCCCCAUCAUCAGCACACUUUUGUUUCUCCUCAUAGGGACGGGCAUUGGCAUGAUUAGGGUGGGUAUUCCUGUAUUACUACUGCGGAUAUCUCCCGACCAUGCCAGGGAUAGUUUAGACCGUGCAUUUGAUCUUUCUUUUUCAUUAGGAGGAUUUGUUUGUUACCUUACAAAUUAUUUAGUCUAUAAGUUUUCUAAGCUUCAUUGGGUUUCAGUCUUUAUUGUUUUAGGAGUUAUUGUUCUCGUAUUUCUUUUGGCAUUAAUUUUGGUUGGUAGAAUUAAUGCAAGAGAUACUACUGAGCCUUAUAGACCUAUCCGUGUGUUGAUGCGUGAGCAUCGGCCUCUUGUGAUAUUUAGGGUAGGUUUCGGUAUACUUCCCCAACUUUUAGGGCUAGGGUCACUAGUCUUGGUCCCUUUUGCCUUUGAGUCUAUUAAUUUUGGGGCAAAUGACCUACCAUUUACUGCUUUAGUAGUAUGGGGUGCACUUGCAUUUGUUAUUACCACUAUUUCUUCGUUUUACGUCAUCCCUCGUUUUGGGAGGGGUACGAUCUUCCUAUCUUUACUGGCUUUUGCACUUUCCCAGGUUAGUUUGGGACCUGUUUUGCGACGUGCUGGUAAUGCUAGGAACGGCAUCUUGAGGUAUCCAUUCAACCGCAUUGUGUUUGUUCUUCUAGCUUUCGGUUUUUCCUCACAGGCCAUAGUUGUCGGUCCUUAUGGAUGGACUUCAAGCACAUAUCCCUUGGAGUUGGCAAGAGUAGGGCGUGCUAUUGAGUUUAUUGCUAGUCAGUUUUUUGUUACGUGUUUGAUGGUCUUAGUUUCUAAUUUAACGUGUGUUUUUAAUGAAUGGGCAUUUGUAUUUUUUAGUUUUAUUGCAUUAGUAUGUAUGAGAAUGGUUUGGAUUUAUGGAAGAGACUAGUAGUACUACUA